GUUUGUUCACUUCAUUGCCGGUGCUUUCGUUGGCGCCUCCCCGAAGACAUUUUACAACGACUUCUUAGAAAGCCUUGCAGAAGAGUGCGAGGCCAUCAUGGUGGCAACGCCCUACAAACUGACUUUUGAUUACGACUCCAUGGCCUCAGACACCUCGGGCAAGUUUGGCCAGGUCGUGGAUGAGUUGGCAAUGCAGGAUCCGACCCUUAAGGACUUUCCUUCCGCGGCGGUGGGCCACUCUUGCGGGGCGUUGCUGCAUACUUUGCUUGCAGUGGCUGACGGCCGGCAUGAGGCCUACAUCCUCAUGGCCUUCAACAACAAGCCCGUCUCUGAUGCCAUCCCGGUCCCUCUGCCGCCACCACCUGAGGAUGCCAG